UUGGCUUUUAUGCUGCUUGCAAGCAACAGCUUUACUGAAUCAUAAGUCAUCAAUUAGUUAUGGUUUUGAAAAGGUUUUGCGCUCAAACAGCUGUUGACGAAUCUAAAAUAGCACCUUCGAAAAUAAGACUAGAGGUGAACUCAAAACAAAAAAAAUAUCUUGGAUCUUUCAAAGUUAUGUGGAAAUCUUGAUUUUUAAGUCAGACCGACGUGGUUUGCUGGAAAACUAUUACACUCCGGGUUGGUAGAUGGCGUUUGUCUUCGAUGUAGAAUUAUGCAAGCAAUCAAAGGAAGCCAUAGCAUCCCUAUGUUAAAUAUAUGGUAAGCGCGCCAAAAACCCCGUCAAUAGCAUCCCACCUUGGCAGCAUCAACAUCAACAAGUUUGUCGGUAUCCGCAGUAGCAUUCUAGCGAAGCGCUGUUUCUGUCGACUGUGCGUUGCCUGAGCCAUCUUGAGCUUAAGAAAAUAACCCCAAUGGCGGCACGACCUAAAUCAGGUCGAGGCUCCAAGCGUAAGGCAGGAAGUGAUUUAAACGAAGAAACCGCUCCUUUGGACAACAAAAAAGAAAAAACUGCAGUGGAGCUUAAAGAUGAGGGCCAAAAAGUUGUCAUUGAACACUGUAAAAGCUGACGAGUGUAUGGUCGGAAUGCUGACGCGGUCCAGUCGGCAAUCCAGGCUGCACACCCAGAUCUGUGCGUGGAGCUGAACCCCCAGAAACCUCGGCGCAGCAGUUUUGAGGUCACCCUGGUGGACGCUGGCAAGGAAACCUGUCUUUGGACUGGCAUUAAGUUGGGACCUCCUCGUAAACUGAAGUUCCCUGAUCCUGCUGAAGUCCUGUCCGCUUUGAACAAGGCACUGGACAGUGAAUAG